CAAAGUUGAUGCAUAAAGCCAUAAAUGAAACUAUCCAUAUCAACACCACAAAGAGAGGUAAAGAGGGGUUAAUAUUAGAGAACACUAUAUCAGUGAUUCGGAGUCAGGAGGUACUGGUGUACAGGUAGAGAGUGAGAAAUCUGACCGAGAUCCGAUCUGGGAAAAGACAGAGAGACAAAUUCAGAUGGGAGGGAAGGGAAGAACACCAUGUUGUGAUAAGAGCCAAGUGAAGAGAGGUCCUUGGAGUCCUUCUGAGGACUUGAGGCUUAUCAGCUUCAUUCAGAAACAUGGUCAUAGUAACUGGAGGGCUCUCCCUAAACAAGCAGGUCUACUGCGAUGUGGGAAAAGUUGUCGUUUGAGAUGGAUCAACUACCUUCGGCCUGAUCUGAAGCGAGGUAACUUCACAAAGGAGGAAGAGGAGUCCAUAAUUAAGCUACAUGAAGCUUGGGGAAACAAGUGGUCUAAAAUUGCAUCCCACUUUCCUGGAAGAACAGAUAACGAAAUCAAGAAUGUGUGGAAUACUCAUCUGCGGAAGGGACUGGCUUCGAAGAAUUCAUGUGGAGAUGAUCAAUCAAAGGAGUUAUCUUCCAUAUCGUCCUCUUACUCAUCUUCUUCUUCCAGUGCUUCAUCUCAGUUGUCUAGUGGAGAACCGAGUGCCGGAACCACCGCUGAAUUCGAGCAUCAAUCUAACCAAGAUAGCAACAUGUCCAAGAACCAGAACGACUAUGAACUGCCCAACUUGUCGAUAAUCCAAGAAAAACUUGAUCAAAAUCUACUGAUGGAAGUAACAAAUCAAGUUAGGGUACCGGUUGAUGAUGCUAAAGGCGUGAAAACGUUGACGAUAAGUUCUUCCUUUUCAUCUCUGGAGUCCUCAAACGAUUCGAGUUCCAGCCAAGGUGGCGGUAUUUUAAGGCCAGAUGAUUUGGUGUUUGACUUUGAAGGAGCUUACCCUCUGAUUGAAGACAAGGCAGUCCUUGAAAUUCCUUUCGAGUGUGACUAUGAUUUCUGGAAUAUGUUAGAUGGAUUUAUGACAUUUCAAUCAAACCCUGAACCUCUAUUACCUCAGGCGGAUCAGACCUACCAGAGCUCAAACUUAGAGCUAGUUGAAAGCGGAAAGUGGCUCAGUUACUUGGAGAGUGAGCUUGGCCUUGAGGAUUCAACAAAGACCAAUAUCAACAACCAGGAUUUCGCGAUGAAGGAUGCAACCGAACAAUAGCAGGAGAACUCGUCACAGUACUUGCCAAAGCCUACAUAAAUGGACCAGGGCAUGGAUGAUUACUUCGAUAUGUGGCCUUCUUCAGACAACUCUUCCAUUGCCGACUAAGUUCAAAAGAAGUCCAUAUAGUUAGUUGCGUUGAGUCCCUAAGUCCUAACUAGUUUUGAGUUCCAUGUAGUUUUUUUUCUUUCAUAAUAUAUACUACCCUUAAUCAAACCAAGGGUUUAUGAAAGAACUAUACAUAAUUCUAAGACUAUAAGCGUUUCUG